AUGGGACAGACACUCUGCACUUGGUUGCGGUCGACGCUCACGGCGCGAGCGGAGACACAGGAGGCUGCCGGCUCGAGAGGGCCAAUUUGCGUGCUCUGUGGCCUAGUGGAUGAGGACUCCGUCAUCCUUGGCCACAAAGAGCGUAUUUGUGGAUUGUAUUUCCAUGGGUUUUGUGCGGUCUUUGCCAACGGUCUUUGUGAAAACGUGCGAGUUAACGGGCUACGUUUUUGCUUUGGAGACCUGAUACGCAUAGUGAGGGAGGCAGAGCAGAAGUUCUGCUUCGUCUGUGAGACUUCAGGGCCCACCAUCAUCUGCGCAGAGCCGGGAUGUGAGCGGAGCUUCCAUCUCCCCUGCGCCUAUGGGGGUCAAUGUGUCACCCAACACUUUGGAGAACACAGGUCCUACUGCUGGGAGCACAGGCCGCAGCAGGCAGUGCAGGCAGCACCGGAGCCAGACACGACCUGUGUCAUCUGCUUGGAGCCCGUGGGUGACAGCAGGUCAUAUAUCACCAUGGUGUGCCCAGCCUGCCAGCACGCCUGGUUCCACCGGGCCUGCAUCCAGGUAGGAGCCCUCCCCUCGCCCCAUCCGACGGCCCAGCAAGACAGCAGAAAGUCCAGCGUUCACCUCCUGGAGCCCCCCAAUCUUCCACGCAAAAGAUAG